AUGGAGCAAAUGUACCUGGUCGAAAUUUUCAUAGACAAGGUCACAAUUUAUGCGACUCUAGAAGAUGAACAAAGUGGUGCCAACAAAAAUCUUAUUAUCAAAAUAAGAUUUGGACCGAAAGUAGAAUUUAUUAUCAAAGAGGGACAGUUAGCACUGAAUGAUGAAAAGAAGGACGAUGUUAUGGAAUGUGAUGAAAAUGGCCGGAGAAAAUGGUCACGAACCAUUCGAGUUGGAAAAUCGUAUUUAUUUCCAUCAUAUUCUGAUACCGUUUUAAUGAUACUUAGCAAGUUUCCAUUGGAAAUUGAGAUUUGGAAUGAUGACGAAAAUGAGGUUGAAAUAUUUGUUGGAGUUGGCACUAUGUAUUGGGAAACGGAAUUUUUCCAUAUGCUAAAAGAAACAGCCGAUGCUAGUAAAAUCCACGAACCACUGACUAUUAAACAAAACACUCCACUUUUUGGAGAAUGCUAUUGUAAGAGAGUUGGAGAAAUCUCUUUUAUACUAAGGCUUAGUGCACUAGGAGAAAGUAUCAUUACAGAAUUUCAGCAACUUAUGACCGAUCCAGAUUCAUUCGUUUUUAGAACAAACAAAGCCCCGAGUAUGUUCCAAUGCAAGAGAGUAGAAGGGGAUGAUAAAAACUUUUGUAUGGUUGGUAGUUUAUAUGAAACUACAACGCUGGAAGAUCCGGAUGUGCAAAAUAACGCUCAACAGAAAAUAGAAAUAUGUACGGAGUUACAAAGUUGUGGUAUGGGUCGAAAGGAUGCAGAUUAUAAAUGCAAGCACGAUUCUCUAGAACCGCAAGAAAAACAAAAGAAAUCAUAUCCGAUAAGCAAAAUAAGAAUGGGUGACAUCACAGGACCGUGUGGUAAUGCGAAUUGUCCAUUAGCGCAUAAAGUGAGAACAUACAUUAGAAACUUAGAAGCUUACAAAGAGCAAGCAGAUGGUAAAGUGCAGGGGACAAAAGACGAAGGAACUAAAAAAAUAUGUGGAAGUUGUGGUUGCAAAGAUGAUCGAUGGCAUAGAGAAGAAUGUCCAGAAAAAGAAAAUGAAGGGAAAGAAAAUAAAUCUGUGUGUCAGGGCUGUGGUGGACUAACACCAGCGGGUGAAACAUGUGAGGAUAGGCAGAAUAAACUCCAAGCAUCAUAUGUACUCAGUGUUCCGGAAUUUAAAGACUCCGCUUACGGCAGAAAUUUCACGGUCCAAAAUCUUACCACCGAAUAUGAUCUGUUACUAGCUAAGCAAACGAAUUCUUCUCUUAGCCAAAGUGGAUGUAAAUGUCAACAAAAUUUAAAUAGAAUAAACCAAGCAAGACCUGCCGUUAGUGCAACUAAUAUGAUACAACCAGAUAACAGAGAAUCCACUCGAAGUUUAAAAAAUAACGCUCUAGUAUAUAACGUUGAACUUAGAGAUACGUCAAAAAGAAAAAUGUCGGUAUUCAACUGUGUUGAAAUAGCAGAAGACAAGGAUUGUAAAUGUAGCCCGCCGAAGCCAUCACCCCCAUGUAAAACAUUCGACUGUGAGUGUAUUCAAAAAACUACAAAUAUUGCAGCUCGUAAAGCGCAUAAACCUUAUUGCCCUCAAUACAAGCACAGAAAUACGUGUCCAAUAAUGCGAAUGGAAGAAGAGGAAAAUAAAAAACAAGAUAUGGAUGAAGAUGAAGCUGAGCCAUUGCCGUACGGUUUACCUCCUAUUAAACUUGGCCCCUGUCCUGUAAUGGGUAGACCAUGUUCAGUACCUGAUGGAUUUGCAAGAAUGUAUAAGACCGCGGCUAUAGCCCCUCAACCUCCAAGUUAUAGUGACGCCGGCAAAGUUUGCUGUUCUAAAGAGUACGAAAGGAUAAAAAAGGCAAUAGCUGAAUAUAUGAAAAAUGAAAAAGAUCAUGACUUCCGUUGCAUAAAUAGAUUUGAUGUGGACACUGAAAGAAGGUGUUGUGAUAAGGAGCAAAGACUACUCGCUCUAGCAGGAAAAGCGUGUUGCGGUUCUCAUAAGCUAGCGAUACAAGAAAAAGCCAAGGAAGAUAACAACUAA